UCAUCUUCUUAGAGAGAGAAAGAUAUUGAGAGAGAGAGAGAGAGGGGGGGAGAAGGAUCAGCAAUGGCUUCGGUGUUCGAGAUCGGAAAAUUCAGUGUCGAGGUGAUCGUCGUGACGGCGAAGGAGAAGGGCGAUGAGGCGGCGUCGUCGUUGCCUCCUAAGCCUGUUUUGAUCCUCUCGCCGACCAACGCGGGUGUUUACCCGGUCGCGGUCUUUCUGCACGGCUUCUUGCUUCAAAACCGAUACUACACGCAGCUUCUGAAGCAUGUCGCGUCUCACGGGUUCAUUGUCGUCGCACCGCAGCUCUACACCUGCAUUCUGGCGAACUCGACGGAGGACGUAGAAUCCGCUGCCGCGGUCGCCAACUGGCUGCCCGACGGGCUCCGACCUUUGCUCCCCCGCGGUGUCGAGCCCGACCUUACAAAGCUCGCCCUAGCCGGACACAGCAGGGGCGGGCACGCCGCCUUCGCCGUCGCCCUCGGCCUCGCAAAGACCCCCCUGGAAGUGAAAUUCUCAACCCUAAUCGGAGUCGACCCAGUCGCGGGAACAAGCAAAUCGUCGCAGACCCCCCCGAAGAUUCUCACCUACGAGCCGUCCUCCUUCGACCUCGACAUCCCGGUCCUAGUCCUCGGGACGGGGCUUGGAGAUGAGAAGAAGAACAUACUCUUCCCGGCGUGUGCACCAAAAGGAGUCAACCACGAAGAGUUCUACUACGAAUGUAAGCCUCCGUGCUACCACAUUGUUAUGAAGGAGUACGGACAUUUGGACAUGUUGGAUGAUAAUGCCCCGAAGAUCAUCGCAAAGUGCCCUUGUAAGAACGGGAAGAAUUGCAGGGACAUCAUGCGGCGGACCACUGGGGGGCUCGCCGUCGCGUUCUUGAAGGCGUACUUCGAAGGCGAGGACGGCUAUCUCCAAGCAAUACUGGAGGAUCCUCAGCAGGCUCCGACGGUGCUCGACCCGGUCUCUCGCCGCGAAGCGAAGAAUGAGAUGGAUUCUCUUGUUGCCUUUCUCUAAAUUUAAGCUUCGACAAAUUGCAAUGUAAUAGUACAACAAUAAGAUCAAAUAAGGUCAUUGUUUUACACAUCUAUCUUUUAGAGGAUAUGAGCUCAAAUCAUCGUCCCGAAGUCAAUUUUAAGACAUUUGAUUCGACGAUCUGAACCGUUAAAAGAAAAAAAAAAAAAUUUAAGGUAUAUAAAGAAGUUAGUAAGAGUAG